AGGCCAGUCCACCAAUGGGAAGCGGGCGAAGGGGCGUGGCCAGGAGAUUUGAACUGGCGAGUAGAAGGAGGCAGAAUUGCGUGCAGGAUCUCGAGCCCUGAAGCCAUGGCGCACGUCCCGCCCGCCGGAGAGGGCAGCGUGGCGGUAGUGGUGCGGGUGCGGCCGCAGACCCCCCGCGAGCGGGAGGGGAACCGCCAAUGCGUGGUGCGGGUGGUCGGAGACUGUAUGCUGGUGUUUGAUCCCGAGGAGCCCAGCCCGCCGGGGGUCUUCGCCCAAGCUCAGGACCCUCCGCCGAGAAGGAAAGGCAAGAACCUGACGUUCGCUUUUGACCGGGUGUUCGGCGAGAACGCUACCCAAGCAGAGGUGUUUGAGAAUACGACCAAAGAGAUCCUGGAUGGUGUUCUGAACGGCUACAACUGUUCGGUGUUUGCCUACGGUGCGACGGGUGCAGGGAAGACCCACACCAUGCUGGGGUCGGAGAAGGAGCCGGGCAUCAUGUACUUCACCAUGGAAGAGCUAUACAAGCAAAUAGAGGCCAGGAAGGAGGAGAAGCACUGCGAGGUCCUUGUCUCCUACCAGGAGGUGUACAACGAGCAGAUCCAUGACCUGUUGGAACCAAAGGGCCCACUGGCGAUUCAGGAGGAUCCAGAGAAAGGGGUCGUGGUACAAGGGCUGUCCUAUCACCAGCCAAAAUCGGCAGGGCAGCUCCUGGAGAUGCUGAGGCGAGGAAAUCUGAACCGUACACAGCACCCCACAGACAUUAACGCCACCUCUUCACGCUCCCAUGCGGUCUUCCAGAUCCAUGUGAAGCAACGGGAUCGCGUUGUGGGCAUCACCCGGGACCUUCGGGUGGCCAAGAUGAGUCUGAUCGACUUGGCGGGCUCAGAGCGGGCCUCUGCCACCAAGGCCAAAGGGGAGCGGCAGCGCGAGGGGGCCAACAUCAACCGGUCCUUGCUGGCUCUCAUCAACGUCAUUAACAGCCUGGCUGAUGCCAAGGGCAAAAAGCCUCACAUUCCAUACCGGGACAGCAAGCUUACCCGCCUCCUAAAGGAUUCUAUCGGUGGGAACUGCCGGACCAUAAUGAUAGCCGCCAUUAGUCCCUCUGCGCUUUCUUACGAGGACACCUACAACACCCUAAAGUAUGCCAACAGGGCUAAAGAGAUCAAACUCCUAAUGAAAAGCAACGUGGUCAGUGUGGAUUGCCAUAUCAGCCAAUACGCAGCGGUUUGUGAGCAGCUGAAAGCAGAGGUGGCCGAAUUAAGAGGGCGGCUCCGAGCUUAUGAGGAAAACGUCCCAGAGGCUGUUCUGAUUCCUUCCAGGCCUGGCCAGGAUGAGCUUCUCAGGUCAAAGGAGGCUUGUUCCGACUGCGAAGCCCCGGAUAAGGGCGAUGGCGAGACAGAGCUGUUGAAACCGAAUGAUGGUGCCUCUUGUUCAGGAAAAAGCAGCACGGCAGAACAGGAACUGGGAGGAAAUCCCAGCUGCUGUGGCACAGAGUCCUCAGAUCCAGCUGAGAAGCAGGAGAAGCUAAAUGCUCGGUUGCAAGGAAUGGAUAAAAAGCAGCUGAUGAGGCUGGUAACGUCAAUCUUGCACGUGGCACAAAGGCAGUAUGCCCUGCUGAAAGCUGCCAACCUCCUCACCCCAGACACGAGGGUCGACUUCGAAGGCCUGGGCAGCUUGGUGUCGGGAGAGGCCUGUGAGGCUCCAGAAGUUUCUGCUGUAAAGGAGCAAGUUGGGGAACUGGAUGCGGCUACUCGAGGCAACCUGGAGCCAGAAAUGCAGCAGCUUGUGGAUAAUGCUGCCCUCCUGCCUUCCCUUCCUGCAGCCGAGUGUGCCGAUCCAACGGGCGGUCCUGGGGUCUUGCCUGCUUCACCAGAGAGGGGGCCAGUGCCAAGCGCAGUUUUCAAGACCCCCCACCUCCCAACAAAGAAGCGAAGGAAGUCGGCAGAGAGCCCACCGCUGUCCGAAAGGAGCUCCCCUUCUAGCCCCAAGGGGCGGGCCAAGCGUCGGCGGAAGACUCGCCUGUCCCCGCAGCAAGUGGGCUCCCUGAAGGAAUGGGCUGCUGCUUUCCCCCAGGCUGACUGCACCAGCACUCCUGUCAUGGAUAAAGCCAGGUCUUCUAGCCCGUACAGUCUCCGCCCGCUGCCGUGCUGCCCUUUGACGGUUACAAAGACCCGUAGGCCUCUGGCCACCUCAGCCGCCCAGAAUUGCUCCACUCCAGCUCCGCUGAGGGGCCUGAACACCACCUUUGACCUCUGCGAGGUUCCCUGCCCUCCUGACGUGAAACCCAGCGCUCCUGAAUGCCCUGCCUGGGAGAGCGUCCAGCACCUCUCUAACCACCAGGGGGCACCUUUCAUACCCAGUUCCAGGGCAUCGAUGCCAGCAUUCACCAUGAAGGGCUCCUCCAUCCCUCGGUCGUCCUCCUUGGCUACCAAAGCCUCAACGCAGAAGAGGAGGCAUACCACAAACCCCGCCUCCUACUCACUGGGUGCGCCACGCAGCCGCAUUGCCAGGCUUCAGGGAACGUCUCUCAAGUCUUCGCGUGUCACGAGCGCGCCAGGACAACCCUCUGGCAACCCUGCAUGGAAAUGGCGCUAGAAAGAUUCCGUCGGUCCUGAAGGAUUGUACCCCAUCUUCAGUUGUGUCAUAUUCCAUAAAGGUGCCUUCCUGAAAAUCCUCAUUGCCCACUCUUUGGUCCCUCAG